GUAGAGUCACUAACUACCCUGUCCUUGGAGAGCCUAUUGGGUAAAGUUAGAAUCCUGUCCGCACGUCCUAUUGCUGAGUUCUCCCGUUUCGAGGCAAUGGAACUGAUUGAAGCCAUAGAGGAUGCUGCUCAAGACAGCAAACAUGAUCGAGCCAACUACCAAAGAUUGGCCUGUGAGACCCUUUGUUCAAAGCUCCAUUCUAGUUCCGACAGCCAGUUCCAUGAUUAUCUUCUCCCCCUUUUGGGGGAUAAGGAUCAAGAGAAGGUUUUAGAAAUAGAAGCCAAGGUUGACAAGCACACCCGAGGGUGCCAAGAGCGUAAUUUUACUAGGCCUCCUCAUCGCGAUGCAACCCUAGCCCCAUAUAAAUCUUUUCAUUGCUAUUACCAUCAGAGGUUUGGCCACACUAGAGCAACCUGUUUUAAGAGGAAGAGGGAUCUUGCUGAAUCUUCCCCACGCAACGCAAAUAAUAAACAAGGAAACGAUAAGUGAAACUGUUUGUUAAAUAAUUAAUGAUUGAAUAAAUGAAUAAUUGAUGAUCAAAUAAAUGUUUGAUGGUUGAUAAUUGAAUAAAUGCCUGAUGAUUGAAUAAAUGCUUGUCUAACUGUCUUUUCUCAUGAUAAAUCCCACCCUGAGGACUGCAGCAAAAGACAAUCGCGAAAACGGGGUAUCUCAAAAUACCCUCUUGGUCAUUCUGGGUCACAAUUGUCACCACCUGCUGGCCCUUGGGUCUUCCCCUCAUUAUAUUUUUAUUUCCUUUUAUGCUGUUAAUUAAAUCUUCACCCACACCUGUUUGUCCUCCCUUUUCCUUUCUAGGGUUUCUAGGCUUCCUUUGGUCCUGGCUGUAGCCCAGUCACUUCCCAAACAAGUGUGUUGGGCUGAUUGGAGGGGAAACCCUGUAGGGGCCAGUAUGUGGGGGCAAAGGUUUCCAGAAGAAAGGCUCAGACGAAUCAUUCAGGGUGAGGCCCUUGGUACUGUUUCUGAAUUACAAUUCAGAGAUCCAGAUCAUUUUUGUGCUGGGGAGACAAUGGGAAGAAAUAGCAGGCACUGUUCCAAGCCCUCAACAAACUCAGGUCUUACGUCGGAUUCGGCACAAGGU